CAUCAGGAGGAUGGGGGGGCCAGACCCUCAGAAGGAGCUCCUAAUGGGGGGGUGAAGGAGGAGCGAUUGCCCGAGCAGGACUGCAUGCAGCUCAAUCCGUCUCUACGAGGCAUCGCCAUCAACUCUCUGCUGGCAAUCGACAUCAGCCUGUCCAAGCGCCUGUCUGUCUGCGUGGGGAGACAGACAGGUGGCAAACAGACAGGUGGGAACCCUCUGAGCUCCAUGGUGAGGCUGCUGGCUCUCAGCGGGCACUUCCUGCCGUGGAUCCUCAUCUCAGUGAUCAGCCUCUGGAGCAGCAACACAGCAGCUGGACAGGAAGUGAUGAUCAACCUGCUGAUGGCUCUGGUCCUGGAUCUGAUGACGGUUGCCGGGUUACAGAAGUUAUUUAAACGUCGAGGACCCUGGGAUCUCCCUCCAGGGUUUCUGGACUACAUCGCCAUGGAUACGUAUUCUUUCCCAGCAGCCCACGCCAGCAGAGCCAUUCUCGUGUCCAAAUUCCUGCUGAAUCACCUGGUGCUGGCUGUGCCCCUCAGGAUCCUGCUCUACCUGUGGGCUCUUCUGGUGGGUGUGUCCCGGGUGCUUCUGGGUAAACACCACCUGUCUGAUGUGGGCUGUGGCUUCGCUCUGGGCUUCCUGCACUUCAGCCUGGUGGAGUCAGUGUGGCUGGACGCCUCCACCUGCCAGACCCUCCUCUCCAUCAGCACCAUGAGCUGGACCGGACCCUCCUCUCCAUCAGCACCAUGAGCUGGACCUGACCCUCAUCUCCAUCAGCACCAUGAGCUGGACCAGCCCAGUUGAGAUGUAACCACUUCUGCAUUAAUGUAGCUCUGCAUCAUGGACGUAUGAACAGAACCAUGUCAACAACUCUAUAGCCGUCUGAGGCAGAAUGUUUAAUAUCCUCUGAGACGGAGAGUAAGAACAUUUACUAAUGAACAUCUGUACAAAACAUGACAAACAAACAGCCAUCAGGCUGCAUACUGCUUCAACUCAAAUCAAAUCAAGUUUUAUUUAUAUAGCACAUUUUUAAACGAUUUUUGGUCGAGCCAGUGCUGUACAUAUAAUAAAAAUACCCUACAGUAAAGACUUUUGAUGUGGAAGUGGGCGUGGUUACAUCUGACCUGGGUUGGAACGGCAGACGCCUGGUCCCGUGUGUUUACUCCGUGACGCUUCCUGUUAACACCGUCACGCUUCCUGUUAACACCGUCACGCUUCCUGUUUACCUUCGUCACGCUUCCUGUUUACACCGUCACGCUUCCUGUUAACACGGUCACGCUUCCUGUUAACACGGUCACGCUUCCUGUUUACCUCCGUCACGCUUCCUGUUUACCUCCGUCACGCUUCCUGUUAACACCGUCACGCUUCCUGUUGACACCGUCACGCUUCCUGUUUACCUUCGUCACGCUUCCUGUUAACACGGUCACGCUUCCUGUUAACACCGUCACGCUUCCUGUUGACACCGUCACGCUUCCUGUUUACCUCCAUACUCAAGCUCAAGCCCAAGAACAUCUGUUAGUCAGUGACUCUUGUUUGAUCUGAUUUGAAGGUCUAUCAAAACUAACCAGCUCUAACUAACUCUAACUUAUCUAAAUAAAUCGGGGGUAACCGAUGAGGGUUUUGGUUGUG